GGGAUGUGCAAUCACUAAGACACAAUAUUUAAAGAGCUUGUUUGACUAGCAAAAGUAUAGAAAUAAAGCCAUUAAACAAAUAUGCUGUCUAGAAGUAUUCUAGUGCUACUGUCCCUAGCUACUGUUACCAGGAGUGAGCACUAUCACAUUGUGCCAGUGGAUUCAACCGAUUUGUGUCAUGACUAUCGAAAUGGAACUUGUUUCACUCUCGAGCAGCUUGUUCAAACAGACCUGUUAUCUUGUGGAGUCAAUCUCACCUUGAGCUUUCUACCUGGAGAUCAUGUGUUAACCCAGCAAUUAUUGAUUCGUAACUUCUCACAUGUGCAAAUCACUGGCCAGAACACAAAUAGAUCUAUAACAGUAGUUGGAUUCCAUAGCAAUAGUACGAUACUUUUUGUUAGUAUUAUUGAAUUGAGUAUUGAAAACUUGGGUUUUGUUCAAGCAAAUUUUGGACCACAAAACUUUGAUCAAAGUGUCAUCAUCAUCGACAGUGCCCACGAUGUCUCUAUCAAGGACUGCUACUUUAUGGACUUUGUAUUACUCAAUCAGGUGGAAACCAGCAUAGUUAAGAUUGCUAAUACUCAAACUGCAACAAUUGAGAGCACUCUCUUUAUGAACAACACUGGUCACACACUGCACAUUGAGGCUGAUGAUGUGUACAUAACAAAUAGUGUGUUCACUAGAAAUGAUGGAGGUGCAGUUUACAUUAAAUCAAACAACGCACUGAUCAACAACACAGAGUUCAACUACAACAGUGCUGAGAAUGGAGGAGCAGUAAAAGUGGUAUCUGGUACUGUAGUGAUCACUUGGUGUAACUUCACAAAUAACAAAGGUUCUGAGUUUGGUGGAGCCAUUGCUGUUGUCUCAAGCAGUGUGUCCAUCUCCAACAGUGAGCUGACAAACAACAGAGCUUACUGGGGUGGUGGAGCGAUUAUUGUUGGCUCAGGCAGUGUGUCCAUCUCCAACAGUGAGCUAACAAACAACAGUGCUCACUAUAGAGGUGGAACCAUUUUUUUGGGCUCAGGUAGUGUGUCUAUUUCCAAUAGUAAGCUGAUAAACAACAGUGCUGACUAUUAUGGUGGUAAUGGUGGAGCGAUUUAUGUUGAAUCAGGUAGUAUGUCCAUCUCCAACAGUGAGCUGACAAAUAACAGAGCUCACGUUGGUGGAGCAAUUGAUAUUGUCUCAGGCAGUGUGUCCAUCUCAUCCAGUGAGCUGACAUACAACAGAGCUGACUUAGGUAGUUCGAUUACAAUUUUUGACUCAGGCAGUAGUGUGUCCAUCUCCAACAGUACGCUGACAAACAACGUUGCUAAAGAGGGUGGAGCAAUUGAUGUCUUCCAAUCUUCCACCUUAAUCAUCAACAACACUGACAUUACUAAUAACAUAGGCAGUUUGAACAUUUCACAAUCAAAUGUAACAUUCACUGGAAUGAAUAUUGUCAGUAACAAUGGUCGUCCCAUUUAUGCUUUCAAUAGUCGAAUCGAGUUUAAUGGACCUACAACACUCAGUAACAAUCGUGGUGUGUUUGGUGGAGCCAUCAGCGCUGACCAGAGUCAAAUAUAUAUUAACACGGAAGGAAUAAUCAUCACCAACAACACAGCUACCUACGGAGGAGGGAUAUUUAUGAGAGAGAGUAUACUCAUUGUAAAAGAGCCAAUAAAGAUCUAUCACAACACAGCACACCAGGAUGGUGGGGCGAUUUAUGCAUAUUCUAGCAGAGUUGAGUUCCAAUCAGUGCCGAUCGUAGGUGCAUAUGGUUAUUCACUUCCUCCAAAUAAACAAAGUGGGAUUGCUCACAACAUUGCUGAGAAUGGUGGAGGUAUUUAUGCAGUGUCUUCAACUAUUAAACUUACUCAAUCACACGUCAACAUUGACUCAAACAGAGCUAAUGCUAGUGGAGGUGGAGUGUAUCUACAACAAAGUUCCAAACUGUACCUAUUUAAAGAAAAUAAAGAAAGUAAGCGUGGAAAUGGAUUUUAUGUCAAGUUAAUGAUUAACAAAAACUUGGCUCAGUACGGAGGUGGAAUAUUCAUGGCAGAUGACACACAAAGUGAUACCUGUAGACGAGGGGCCACAGAAGAUGAUGCAACUCAAAACAUUUUUGCUGACUGUUUCAUUCAAACAAUUAAAUUGUAUGGGGAUCACUAUCAAAAAAUGUCUCAAAACUCUUUCAACACAUUCAUGACUAACAACACAGCUACCAGGUCAGGAGCAGACAUCUACGGAGGUUUGUUGGACAGGUGUACAGCAAGUCAAAAUGCUGAAUAUGAUACUUCAAAUGGAUCUGGAUUGGACUAUAUAAAUAACACCAUAAAAUCCUCCACCAAAUUAUCAAUCUCCUCUAGGCCUGUUCAGGUAAUUUUUUGCAAAAAUGACUAUAAUAUUAUUUCUACAAGAAAGGGACACACAUUUAGAAUCAGUGUUAUGGCUAUUGACCAAGUUGAAAAUCCAAAGAAUGCCACAAUUCGCAGCUCUGUUAUCACUACGAGUGGAGUUGGUCGUCUUAAAGAAGGACAGGCUGAACAGAAAGUUGGCCAUCAGUGCACAGAAUUAGAGUACAAUGUAUUCUCACACGACAGCUCUGCUCAAGUGGAACUCUAUGCCGAGGGUCCAUGCAACAAUUUGGGAAUCUCCAAACAGUUUAUUAAUAUUUCUUUUGAACUCUGCACAUGCCCUAGUGGACUUCAGCCAAUUCAGUCCGAUAUUGAGUGCAAGUGUGACUGUGAUCCAGACUUGCAACUAGGAUAUCAGAUAACAAAUUGUUUUGAGGGAAAUGGAUCCAUAACACUGGAAAGAAAUAACAACACAUGGAUAGAAGUCAUAAAUACCACCAAUGAAACAGGGUAUGUUGUUAGCAGCUGUACACUUGACUAUUGCGUACAAAAACCAGUCAACAUCAGUCUCAGUAAUCCUGACGAACAAUGUGCCUACAAUCGAAGCGGUGUCCUGUGUGGAGAAUGUGAACCAGGACUCAGUCUUAUGUUGGCUACGUCAAACUGUAAAAAAUGCUCUAAUCUUUACCUUCUUCUACUAAUACCAUUUGCGCUGGCAGGCAUAUUGCUAGUUGCUUUAAUUCUCGUGCUCAACAUCACUAUAGCAACUGGAAAUAUUCAUGGCCUCAUUUUUUACACCAACAUAGUGGCUGCUAAUAGAGCAAUUUUCUUUCCUAGUUUAAACAACUUUUUAACAGUUUUUGUAUCAUGGGUGAAUCUUGACCUAGGAAUCGAGGCAUGCUUUUAUGAUGGGAUGAACUCUCAAGGAAAAGUGCUCCUUCAACUUAUCUUCCCAGCUUACUUGUUUCUUCUUAUGUUUCUUAUUAUAAUAUUGAGCAAGUACUUUGACUCAUUUGCAAAGCUCCUCUCCAACAGGAACCCAGUUGCUGCCCUAGGCACACUCGUUCUACUCUCUUAUUCUAAAUUCUUACGGUUUAUCAUUGCUGCACUACAAAACAGGGUCUUGGAAUAUCCCGAUGGAUCCACCAAGACUGUUUGGCUGUACGACGGCAAUGUGCCAUACUUCACUCCCAAACACAUCCCUCAGUUUUUUGCUGCUGGUAUUAUCCUCAUUGCGGGUGGAUUGUUCACUGUACUGCUCUUUUUUGGGCAAUGGUUACCACGCUGUUCAAAGGUUAUGAAAUGGACUAAGAACACAAAGUACACUGGCUUCAUGGAUGCAUACCAUGCUCCAUUCACUCCCAAGCAUCGCUACUGGGUGGGACUGCUCCUCUUUGCUCUAAUUGCUCAUAAUCUAGUAGUUGCCAUGGCUCCAGACACGUCUCUCCCUGUACUAUCUGCUGGGUGUAUUGCAAUCGGACUGAUAUCAUUGAACAACCAAGUACACAAAAAGCAACUUAGUAACUAUCUAGAAACAUUAUUUCUGCUUAAUCUUGGCAUUCUAUCCUAUGGCACUUCCUACGUUUUUGAAACACACCGACAGCAAGAAAUGCUGACUAUUAUUUCAAUGUCUAUAGCUUUCAUUCUCUUUGUGACAAUCAUCAGCUACCAUUUUCACCACUACGUACUAAAAAAGACCAAAAUAUGGCUCGAGAUAAAGAAUGUCGUUAAGAGUAUCAAAAGGAACUUACAAGUAGGUGUUGCAGAUAUUAGACUCCGACGAACUAACAAUACCCGGGAAAUGUAUGAUCUGGUAAUCAAUGAGAAUGAUGAAGAUGAUUUUCUUGAAGCAGUAGAUGAUUAUGAACAAAGAGACACCUUGAACCCACCUUACACUGAUGGAGCUGUGGAAGAAGCUGACCCUGAUCGGUACAUCACUCCUCCCAUUAUCAGACCAGCCAUGAGGUCGGACCAGCUGAGACUAUCCUACAUGGAUGAACUAGCCCCCCUCACCACAGAGGACUACAGAAGACCAGCCCCUCCCCCUACAAGAGUAAACCAUCGCCCUGCUGUUACACACACAGAAAUCGCCCCCACACACAAUGAAGUGUGAACUGCCUUAUUUAGCUGAGGUGUAAACAUUAUACCCUUUAUAUGCAACCUUUAUGUUUGUAGGCAUUAAAAUUACAAAAUGUGCAAUUACUAUGUUUAAUAUUGAUCAAUGUAUGUGACGUUGGCUUUUAUUAAUUCUGGGCGUGCCUUAAUACACCUGAGUACUGCAAUUGUUACUAGAGACAGGUUUUUUUGUAGAA